AUGUCCUAUUACGACAUCGAUGCAAUACUUACGGAUGCGGAGCCACUCAAGGCCGGCACCAAAGUGAACCUACCGCUAUGGCUGGCUGAAAUGCUCGCCAUCGCUAACACGGGGGACGUCGAGGGCAAGUCGUUUGUGUCUUUUGACCUCCCGCCUGCGAUGGGGAACGAUGUCGUCCAAGCGCUCAAGGCGGAUCCCCGCGCCGUACCACUGCGCGACCACAGCGCGCACUUUUACGGACUCGCGAUACACAUGAUGGAGCUGUCGGAGGAGCAAGAAUUGGCCGCCGCCCUCCGCAAGACUUUUAUUACCCGGGCGUCCGAGGUUGCCUUACACGCCCAAGGUCCCGAGCAAGACGCGACCGGACGAUGGAUCUCCAUCGACUUGAUUCACAUCGACUUGACCCGAGCGAGGAGAUUGGGUCAGCUGGGGUCUCGUCCCUCGAAUCGUGGGCUAGGCUCCGCUAGUCCGAUUCCGGAGCACUGCGCGCCGCACAUGACGAAAAACGACGAGCUUCGCCCUUUACAACCCGCAGACACUGAGGUCGGAGAGCUGCUGUUGAGUUUGCACAUCGAAUUGAGUCAUCCCACACCCACGAUGUUCUCCCGCAGCGACCCCACCUAG